GUCAGCGCGCAUUUGGUCUCGUGGUCUUAUAUCAGCAACGUCAUACAAGCGGUUGAUCGAAGUUGGCCAGGUGGGGAAAGAUCUUUGUUGAAAAAUCCUAAAUUAAUUCGAAAGGCUGAGCCUUCGUCAGGUCAACAUAACGUGGCAAAUACGCUCAAAAAAGAAUACAAGAGCUGAACGCAGAUAGAGGUCUGUGCUCGUCGUCUGCUCCGCCAUGGACCUGGCCGUGUCUCAGCGCCACCGCCACAACCCCGUGGACAGCAUCUGCCGCAAGCUGAAGACCAUCCAGCGCCGCAACCAAGAGGCUGACUCCUCGCCCUUCCACAUCCCCCGCUUCCAGUCCAGCAGCUACAACAGCCCCCAGCCCGGGCUCCGCUGCAAUCUGGAGUCCAUCCUGAAGAAACGCACUGUCCGCUCUGACCACCCGGACACCCCUGCUGUCGGCGCCUCUGCCUCUAAGACUGACGGGUCGUCCACCACCUCCUCCUCAUCCAUUGGUGCCUCGGCUGCCGCCUUGGGCAUGUUGACUCCGAAGGGGUCCCCAGGGAGGUCACAGGGUCGGCGGCUGACCCUUGGCGCGAGCGGAGCGUCGCCACUGGUCACCCCAUGCCCUGUCAAUGCCACCUACACCAUCACAAGCACGGUUACAGACCGACGGACCUCCUUUGGGCUCGGGCAGAGGCAAGGCUGGCAGCGGACCUGCUCCACGCCCGCGGCCGCCCAGUCCGAGACAGACGGGUACUUCACGUUUGGGCGUAGCGCCCCCUACGGGCAGCCUGAGGCAGGGGAGACGCCCGCUGCCAACCCCCUGGAGAUGGACGGGGAGAGGGAGAGGAGACGGAGCCCGACGCACAGCCUGCUGUCCUACAACCUGAACUUCUGCACGUCAGACGUCUCCACGCUGCUGGACGGGGAUGUGGGCUACCCAGCCCUGGUGGUGAAGAGGCUCUCCCUGGGGGACGGUUUGCUGUCCUCAGAGACCAAGAAGGAGAACAUGACUGAGGUCAGCCUCAUCUGCGAGGAGGACCUGCUGGACACCAUAUUCCAUGCCUGUGACACUCAGCGCAGAGGUAAGGUGUACGUGUCCCGGAUUGUGGACUACCUGCGCCACACCACUAGCCGGAGCUCGGAAGACAGUGGCCUGGAGGAGCUGUGCAACAUGCUGGACCCAGACAACAAGGACAUCUCCAUCGACCUGGACACCUACCACGCCGUCAUGAAGGAGUGGAUUGAGGACUGCCGCAAUCAGGGAGAUGACACGGCAGAGAAUGUGACCCAGGAGUCGGUGAAAGUACCAGACAGUUUAGCAGCGAAGAGAUCAGCUCUGUUAAACAUGACCUCAGGCAGCCUUGAAGCGUUUGGUGGAGAGACGACCAAAAGUGACCUGGAGACCUCCGACUUGAUCUACUGUGUGGCAGACCUACAGUUCACCAAUCAGAAGCUGCAGGAGGAGAUCCGCAAGCUCAAACAGGCCAUGGAGUCCAUGGAGGACACCAAUCAGAAGCUCAUCGAGGAGAAUGAUGACCUCAAGACUCAAGCCAAAGUGGGGCAGCAGCUGCUGCAGAAGGAGAAGAUGCUGAAGGAGGAGGUGGAGGAGAUGAAGAUGACUCUGAGCUCGUCUGAGGAGAGUCGAGCUCAGGCUUCCGCCCGGAGCAAACAGAUGGAGCGGGAGAAUCAGGGUCUCAUUUCAAAGAUCUCUGCUCUUCAAGAAGAGAACAUCAAAGUCACCAUGGAGAUGGAUGACCUUCAGAAGAAGAUGGGAGACCUGUGUGAUCUCAAUGCUGACCUUCAGGUUCAGAUCCAUUCAUUUGAUGCUGUUCUGAGGGAAAAGGAUUCUGUUAUAUGUCAGAAAAACAGGCAUUUAGAAGAUCUCAAGGCAGUUAUAGUGGAGUACUCUUCUGUUACUGAGAUUUUGAGGGCAGACAAGACAAAGCUGGAGAAUCAGAUGCAGAUGAUGCAGCCAGAUAUAACCUCUGCGGGUCUGUCUCUGUCGGUGGCGUACCGGCUCAACCAGACCAGUCUGGGCUCCCUGCAGACUGAACUAGCCCUGGCACAGAACCCUCUGGAGGGUGUGGAGCGCUUCUCCACCUCCAUGUGUAUGGCCUCUCCGCUGGACGAGACCCUGGACAGAGAGGUGCUAUUGCUCAUGCAGGGCCCCACACCGGAGCAGCAGUCCCUGGAGUUCAAAAGCCUCAUCCGCAGACUGAGGAAAGAGUUUCAGGAAGACCGCUACACUGUUCUAUCAGCAUUGAGGAACCAUCCAGCUGCUCAUGAUGAACAGGAGAUUUCCAACAAUCAGAAACUUCAGGUUGAGUGUGAGCGGCGUCGGCAGGACUGGGCCCAGGUUCUGGAGCAGCUGCAGCAGUACACAGACUCCCUGGAGAAGGAGCUGCUGAAGAUGGCCAGCAACAUGCGCCGCUCGCGCACCGAGAUCCUGCACCUGUCCAUCAGGGUCCAGGAACAGGAGAAUCAGAAACAGCAGCUAAAGGAUGAGCUGGACCAGCAGAAAACCCCGCCGGACAGCAGAGAGGCCAGCUGCCAAACACCUGAUGUACCACAGGUUGAAGAGGACCCGGACGCUCCAUCGUUAGAGUGGGAAGAGGAAUACGUGAUUCCCGAGUCGCCGUCGCCGCCGCCAUCGUCUAACGCCCAGAACGGUUCCCCGCUCAGUGGAAGCAAGGAGUCGUCCGGCCUGAGGGACGGCGAAGGAGACGCGAAGCGGCCCGAGGAGUCGAGGUCAGGAGGCGGUGAGGAAGAAGAAGAGGAGGAGGAGGAGAAACAGAACGGCAGCGAGAGGGGCGAGGAAGGACAGCUGGACUCGGGCGUGGAGGAGGAGGAGACGCCGCAGGGCGAACUCGCCCGCUCACGGAGUGACAUUCCGGAAGCCUCUGAGGACGGUCCCCACAUCGAAACCACAGAAACCCCACAGCCACAGACUGAAGCUGUAACAGAAUCCAGUGGACAACAGGAAGGAGCCAACUUCCCAGAAUGCACUGGGCCCGAGGACGCCCACAAGCAGACUGUGUGUGCUGAGCAACGAGAUCCUGCUCCUCUUCCUCCCACACACACUUCAGCAGCUGACCCUGUGCCCUCUGAAACCAGCAAGGCCAACCCAGUGCUGGAGUCCCUCCCUUCAGAAGCUUCCCCUGGACAAGAGGAGAUGGUAUCUCCCAGCAACACACCUGCUGAGCUGGGUGAAACCAUUUCUCCAUCUCCCAGGUGUGCGGAGGCCGCGUCGGGUGAGAGCACCACAGGAGAGGAGGGGGCCAGUACCAUGAGCCUCAACGACUCUCAGAAGCUGCCUCACCAGCCUCCAGACUCCACUGGUGCACUGGAGAGUCACAGGACCAGCCUGCUCCCUGUAGCAGAGGAGGAGGAGACUGCAGUAGAUUCUGCCACAGAAACUGUCACCAUGGCAGGCACUAAGACUGAAUCCUCAGACAUCACCACGGCAACCAGCGGUGUAAACAACACCCCUGCUGACUCCUCCGACAAGGCUAAGGAUGACUCCCAGGUCACCAGUGACCCUGGCGCUCCAGACGGUAGCAAACCGGAUGCAACUGCAGGACAGUCUCCUCCAGGGGGCGACAGAGACUCCCCACUUAACAAGCAAAAGAUGGCCCUGGAGAAGGAACAGAGUACAGAGGCCCCCGAGGGACAAAAAGUACAGGAAGACAGUGAGGUGUCUGCUGCAACGGAGAAGGAAGGUGAGACCUCAGUUGUCUCUGAAGAUGCCAGUGAUCGUGAGGACAGGAGAAACAGCUGGAGCCUGUCUGCCAGUGAAAAGGAAAUUGAGGCGGAGUUCCACCGCCUGUCUCUGGGCUUCAAGUGUGACAUGUUCACGCUGGACAAGAGGCUGCGGCUAGAAGAGCGCUCCCGCGACCUGGCCGAGGACAACGUCCGACGCGAGGUGUCCAGCUGCCAGGGAUUACUGCAGGCCCUGAUCCCUCUCUGUGAGGAUGACGGUCAGUCCAUGGAGAUCAUCCAUCGGCUGCAGAAGAACCUGGAGAUCCUCAUCCAGUCCAUGGUCAGGGUUUCCAGCCGCUCAGAGAUGCUGGGCGCCAUCCACCAGGAGAGCCGUAUUGGUAAGGCCGUGGAGGUGAUGAUCCAGCACGUAGAGAACCUGCGGCGCACCUACACCAAGGAGCACGCCGAGCUGCUGGAGCUCCGAGAGACCGUCACACACAGCGAGCGCUCCUUCGGCUCCCACGCCAUGGACAGAGCUGAUGACUUUAGGAAUAAGAAGCAGUCUGGUUCACAGUACUAUAAGCAGUCCUCCUCACGACGGGUCAGCAUCGCAGUGAUCCCACGCAGUGGAGACCUGUCCAAAUCCCCAGACUCUGGAGACAUGGAAACUGACAGACUAUCCAGGAGACCCCCCUGGAAAGGAGGCAGCGGUCAGCGCCCGCCACUGAAGCGCUUCGUUAGUUCUGGGGCAUGGCCCGACAGUGAAGGUUCUAGACACUGUCUGGACGACUAUCCGCAUGUGAAUCGGUUUGGCUACGACACAGACUCGCACUCAGAGGAGGAGCGGCGAGAGGAACCGGUGGUGGAGAGGAGGAAGUCCAGCCUCACGGAGCUGGGCAACAAGCUCACCUCCCUCAUUAUGCCCCUCAAGAUGUUUAACGGUGCAGAACGUCCGCAGUCAUCUUGUGUCAAAAGCCACACUCCCAGCCCCACCCCUCCCAAGGAGCAACCAGGGUCCACACCGUCCACAGACGAGCCCCUCCACUUCGCCACCGGCAGCAUGGCCUCGCCCCCCUCCUUCUCUCUCCCCAACUUGUCGGCGUGGCGUCCGGGCCUGCCCCGCAGCCUGUGGGUGUGGGCGGCCGUGCUGUUGGUGCUCGCCGGCCUCCUGGCCAUCCUGGCCAGCCUGGUGCUGCAGCCGGCGGCGGACGCAGCCCCCGUGGGCACCGGGGACUCCUGGAUGACCAUCCAGCAGCUGCUGUGGCCCUACACCAGCCUCCGGCACAACGGACAGCCCCCCGUCUGACCGCCCAGCGGAGAGCGGAAGCCACGGGACAGUCGGGACAAGGCACCAAAGGGGUGGGGGGGACCAGACCAGUUCCCCGCCCUUCACCACCUCCACCACCACCCUACAACCUCCACCCUUGCACUUCACGCUACCUGUGCUGCAAUCACUUGUUUGUGUUUGUUUAAUUACUUUUUUAGUUCACCUGCGUGUGUGUAUGUGUGGAGCAGCAGUAUUGUAAUCUGCAGCACCUGACUCUGCUGUCCUUAUGCCGUUCUGCUCUCGAUUGCUCUGGUCUGGUCAGCUCCGCUCAGCUCAAACUUGAUGGCUGCGCUCCUCUAACACAAGGAUGGCAGUGCUGCCACAGAAACUGACAUGCAAUAUGGACACAUGACUCUGCGGGCUCCCCCGUUGCCAUAUCAACUUGAGAACACAAUUUGGCAUCGCUGUUGCAUUGCGACUGGGUGCAUAAACGAUCGUGAUACACUAAAUUCACGUCCUGGACACUGCCCAAUUGAAUCAUGGAUGUUUUUGUUUUUAUUGUUGUUUCCUUUGGAUAGGAGCUUUGGCUGCCUGGUUUUGAAAUACUCACUUUAUUUUUCUUUCAUAGAUUUAUUUCUAAAUCCAAGAUGGCACUUGGGCUUGACAAAGAAGCUGCCUUUUAAGCACAUUUUUUCCCCACCAAUUAUUUCUAAAUCAGUGACUUACAUAUUUUAAUAGCAGCUACACAAAGUCAUGAAAUCAUGAACUGGUUAUUUCUUUAAGCUGCCAAUUCCAAGGGGAACAUAAUUUAUUAUUUUAGUUCUAUGUUAUUAGAUGAAGAGUGAGGGGGGGUUUAAAACCUCUUUUUCUCUUUAUUAUAUCUAUUUUUUUGUUACUGUUUGUUACAAGCACACAAUGGUUUUUCUUUGUCUCAUGUUCUUGCUGUGUUCAUCACUGUUUUGACUUCAUACACUUUUGUAUGUCCAAAGAGGGGGAGACAAAGGCUUUGCACAAUAAAGUAACUCAAUGUACUGAG